UGUUUUACAAAUAUCUCUCUCGUUCUUCUUCCCCGUCCGAAAUUUCUCUCUCGUCCUCUCUCAUGGAUUCAGUCUUCGCUAACGUUGUUACUGCUCCCGAAGAUCCCAUCCUCGGUGUUACUGUUGCUUAUAACAAAGAUCCAAGCCCGGUUAAGCUGAACUUGGGUGUUGGUGCCUACCGAACUGAGGAAGGGAAACCCCUUGUUCUUGAUGUCGUGAGACGGGCAGAGCAACAGUUAGUAAAUGACCCGUCCCGGGUCAAGGAAUAUCUUUCCAUUGUUGGGCUUGCUGAUUUCAACAAAUUGUCUGCCAAGCUCAUCUUGGGUGCUGACAGUCCGGCGAUUCAAGAGAAUAGAAUUACAACCAUCCAGUGCUUGUCUGGUACUGGUUCACUCAGAGUUGGAGGCGAGUUUCUUGCAAAACACUACCACCAACAUAUUAUUUACAUUCCAAAACCAACUUGGGGGAAUCAUCCGAAAGUAUUCACUUCGGCCGGCUUGUCUGUGGAAUAUUACCGUUACUAUGAUCCGGCAUCCCGUGGACUUGACUUCCAAGGCUUGCUUGAGGAUCUGGGUGCUGCACCAUCAGGAGCUAUAGUUUUACUUCAUGCAUGUGCGCACAACCCCACUGGAGUUGAUCCAACCACUGAGCAGUGGGAGCAUAUCCGACAGUUAAUCAGAUCUAAGCAAUUGUUACCCUUCUUUGACAGUGCAUAUCAGGGUUUUGCAAGUGGUAGCCUUGAUGCAGAUGCACAUCCAGUCCGCAUGUUUGUUGCUGAUGGCGGUGAAUGUUUGAUAGCUCAGAGUUAUGCCAAAAACUUGGGUCUUUACGGGGAGCGUGUUGGUGCUCUUAGCAUUGUCUGCAAGUCGGCAGAUGUGGCUAGCAAGGUUGAGAGCCAGGUGAAACUUGUUGUCAGGCCCAUGUAUUCUAAUCCACCUAUUCAUGGCGCAUCUAUUGUCGCAACCAUAUUGAAAAACAGCGAAAUGUACAAUGAAUGGACCAUUGAGCUGAAAGGAAUGGCUGACCGCAUUAUCAGCAUGCGCCACCAGUUGUAUGAUGCUCUUCAAGCUAGAGGCACACCUGGUGACUGGAGUCACAUCAUCAAGCAGAUUGGGAUGUUUACCUUUACCGGAUUGAACACUGAGCAGGUCGCCUUCAUGACCAAAGAAUAUCACAUCUACAUGACAUCCGACGGGAGGAUAAGCAUGGCAGGCCUAAGUUCGAAGACAGUUCCCCACCUUGCAGACGCCAUUCACGCUGCAGUCACCCGCGCCGCCUAACUUACUCCCCCUGCCGUAAGUUUUUCGGCCUUUCCGUUUUCAAAGGGUUUCUACAAUUCUCCUGCGAUUUGAACGCAGUUUCGGCUGUGGAACUUCAGCAUUGAACACGAAUAACAAACAAAGAGCACAUUUUCAUUGUCGAGCAGAUCGUUUUGUCGCAUAAAUAUGUUUACCGAAGCAAAAAUUUUACUAAGAGCAAUGGAUUUAUGCUUCA